AUGUCACAAACUAAUAAUAAAACUAAUGGUUCUUCAACCAACACUAAUAAUACCACCAGCACCACCACCACUAAUAAUAACAAUAAUAAUAAUGAUAAAAUCAAUAUAUUGAGAAAGUAUAAGAUUGUAUUUUUAGGUGAUCAAAGUGUGGGAAAAACUUCAUUAAUUACAAGAUUCAUGUAUGAUACCUUUGAUGAGACUUAUGCUGCCACGAUUGGAAUUGAUUUCUUAAGUAAAACCAUGUAUCUUGAUGAUAAUAAAACCACCAUUCGAUUACAAUUAUGGGAUACUGCCGGACAAGAACGAUUCAGAUCUUUAAUACCAUCAUAUAUUAGAGAUAGUCAUGUGGCUGUUAUAUGUUAUGAUAUAACCAAUAAAAAAUCAUUUAAUAAUUUAGAUAAAUGGAUUAAAGAUGUUAAAUUAGAAAGAGGAGAUGAUGUUAUAAUAGUAUUGGUGGGUAAUAAACUGGAUCUUUCCAAUGAUAAAAGACAAGUUACCAUUGAUGAUGUUGAAAAAUUACAUCGAACUAUUGGAUCUAAAUUUUAUAUUGAAACCAGUACUAAAGCAAAUCAUAAUGUUAAAUUAUUAUUUAAAAAGAUUGCUCAAUCAUUACCUGAAUUUGAACAACAACAACAAAAUCAAGAUGGUGAGAAUAAUCAAAAUAACCCGGAAACCAUUGAUAUUAGUAUUGAUAAUAAUCCUGCUGUUUCAACCAGUAGUAGUUGUUGUUAG